AUACCAAGAGACAAACGCUAGCGGAAUAAUAGAGGAUAGGCUAAACAGCAAAGAAGCGCAGUGGACGGGUUCUUCUACAACCUGAAAAACCUUUGAAUAGCACACCGCUAGAAAAUAAUCUAGACGGGGAGAGAUUUCACCUUAAAAAAAAAUCUUUAAAGCUUGUAUUUAAAGAGACUGAAGUUUCAGGACCAUGACGUUUUUCUUAUUUACGCCAGUGCAUUUUCUCUGUCUCCUCAUUUUUCUUCCCGUCUCAUCAACUUCAGAGGUGAACAGCUCAAAUAACACGACAAUCCUUAAAAAGGGUCGGAUCUUUCCUCUGAUUAAUAAUUCCAUUCAAGAGGAGUAUAAGGAGCAGAUGCAGAGCUACAGCUUUACACUAGUGGUUCCUCUUCUCUGCUUCUUCGCCUUUUUCAUUGGACUUCCCACAAACCUGUUGGCCCUCUGGGUGCUGCUCUUGCGAACUAAGAAGCUCCCAUCCACCAUUUUGCUGAUCAACCUCACCAUCUGCGAUCUUCUGCUACUGCUGGUGCUCCCCUUCCGUAUCGUCUACCACUUCCUGGGCAACAACUGGACAUUUGGAGACCCAUUCUGUCGGGUUGUAACUGGGCUCUUCUAUGGAAACAUGUACGGCUCAGUGGUUUGUCUGGCACUGAUCGCUAUGGAUCGCUAUGUAGCUCUUGUUCACCCUUUUGGUGCAAAGAUGCUUAGAAGUAACAAGAAUUCUGUCUAUAUGAGUGUUUUGGUUUGGCUAGUGGUUUUAGCUGCUGUUGUGCCCUUGUUAGCCUCACAACAGUCCUAUAAGAUAGCCAAUCUCCCUAUAACAACUUGCCAUGAUGCACUACCUAUAGAACAGCAUACAACAUACUUCCUGCCAUACUUUACUACUCUCUUCUCCCUCUGUUUCCUGCUUCCACUGCUGGUUGUGCUGUUCUGCUAUUCUGCAGUGUUACACACCCUUAUGGCUGAUAGGCAGCGUUUUGCUCAUGCAAUUAGAGUGACUGUGCUGAUAUUAAUUGUUUUUGUGGUUUGCUUAUUGCCUAGUAACAUUCUCUUGCUUUUGCAUUACUCCAAAUCAAACUUUGACCUUUAUGUUCCAUACCAGAUCACUUUGUCUUUCAGCACCUUCAACAGCUGCUUAGAUCCUAUCAUCUUUUAUUAUGUGUCUAAGGAUUUCAGAAAGAAGUUAUGGGAGACCCUCAGAUGCUCCUGGUCUGAUUCAGAAUCCUCCUCAGAAUCUAGGACAAAGAGGACCUUACUAUCAAAGAUGAGCAGGUCUGACACAAAAGCUUGAUCAUGAGGUUAGCACAGCAGGCACGCGAAUCAGAAGAUAUCAGGUUACAGUAUGUAACUCAAACUCAGGUUAUAUAACCCAUCUGUCAGUCUGCCUAUCCGUGUAUAUACCUUAAAAUUAGUUUCAUUUGCACAGGGAAAACUGGCAUGAGGAGAUGUUAAUUAAUUUCCUCCUUAUUUCCUUUAGUCAUUUGUGAUACAGGAGACAAAUAGAUAUAUUUAAAAACAUUUAAAGAGGCAAGGCAACAUACAACAGUAGUCAUGCUUUCAGGCUUUCUUGCAUGCAUGUUGGCAUCUAAAAUUUGAAUGCGUUGGCUGCUGUUUGGCUCAGCAAUCUCUUAGGCUUAAAGUUGACUACUAGAUUAAUAAUGUUGGAAAAUUGUCAUUUUAACACUGAUAUAAACAGUCAUGCAUUUCAUGCAUGUAUCCAACAAAACCCAGACAAAGUCAGUGUUUGUAAGGGCAGUGCAAACUAGCCUUAAAGAUUAUAUUAUAUUAUAUUAUAUUAUAUUAUAUUAUAUUAUAUUAUAUUAUAUUAUAUUAUAUUAUAUUAUAUUAUAGUGAACAGUCUAUUCACUUAUAUUUAUAAAACAAAACUGGAAUAUAAUUAAUUUAAUUUAACUGAACUAAACACUCAUUACAUUUAUCAAAUUCAAACAUUGGAAGGUAAAAUGUAAUGUGCAUUUCAGCCAUGUAACAUACAGUAUACUGGACAUGUGACAGUAUAAUUGUGGUUUAUAUAUUAAUCAUUAAUUAGCAAACGGAGGACUAAAAUGCCUUUAGUGUGCCUGUUUUUGCAAUAGCAGCAUGUAUGAAAAACAAUAGCUUUGUUAUGUAUCUGAAUAAGUAGGAAGUGCUGAACCACAUAAAAUCCAAAUCCAUGUCUCUUACUAUAUGUCAAGAACUGAUGAUUGCAUUGUGCUUUUUUCUUUUUGUGCUGACAACAUACAGAAACACCUUAAUAUGACUUGAUUUGAGAACUAAAAAUCACACAUUAUAAAUAUUUGAUUACACUAUUUCAUAUACCUGUGUAUCACAUACCAGUUUAUGUGUAUGCUAAUCAAAAACAUAUAUAUAUAUAUAUAUUUUUUUAUUGAAUUGAAAUGGUAUAGAUAUGAUAUCAUGUAUCUUUAUGGGUGAUCAAUACAGGUAACUUGGAAUUUACUCUGGAAGUGAUUCUGUUAUAGUUUCUUGACACUUUCUUGACACUUGACACUUUCUUAUGUGGUGAGAAAAAAUAAAUAUAUAUGAAAACUUUAUUUGCAAAGGAUACAAAUUGUAAUUUUUUUUUGCUUGCCAUGAGUAAAGGAACUUGCCAAGAGUCAGUUUUAAAGAAAAGAAGGAUGAAGAAAAUUUGAAAAUGUGUAUAUUAGCCUGAUUGAACUGAAGAAGUGUUAUUGACAGAUUUCCAUAACACAUGCAGAUUUGCUUAAAAAGAGGAUGAUUCAGUUUCCACAAAAUAAACCACUUUAAUUUAA